UGGCGCCGAUGGACGGGGAAGAAAGAGCGGGAAGACGCGAUUCCGCGAUUCGAAUGUGAUGGAAAGUGCGAUCGAGCAGAUAGGUGUAUAAUUGGAAGAACACGAAGAAGAAAUCCACGGAACAAAGGCGAAAAUGGAAGGGAAAAGUGAGUUGAAAUUUGCGGCGUUUCCAUUCAAGCCCUACUCCAUUCAGAUCGAUUUCAUGAACGCUCUCUAUCAAUCUCUCGACAGAGGAGGCAUUUCUAUGCUCGAAAGCCCUACUGGGACCGGGAAGACGCUCAGUAUUAUAUGCAGCGCCUUGCAGUGGCUCUCUGAUCAGAAGCAGAAGCGGAAUUCUGAAGCCACAGUUGAUUCCAACCAUAAUCAGUCUGGUUUGGACGAUGAGCCUGACUGGAUGAGAAACUUCGUUGCCGAAAAAGAUAAUCAACUCGAGGAAAAGAAGUUAGAGAAGAAGAAUAAACGGCAAGGAAUUAGGUCGAAGAAACUCGGUAACAAAAGAAAUACGGAAACGUUUGGGGAGUUAUAUAAUCAGGGAGGGGUGGACGAUGAAGCUUGUCAUGCAAAAGAGAAAACGAACGCAGAGGAGUUGAAUGAUGAGGAGUUCUUGGUUGAAGAAUAUGAAAGUGAAGGGGAAGGUGGUUUUGACAACUGGCUAUCUAAUUCUAAGAGGAAGGCCGGUUCUGUGGUUAGUUCGUCCAGUGACGAUGAAGAGGAAGGCAACAGUUUUGAUGAUGAAGGCGAGGAAGAGUCAUCAUUAAAGAUUUACUUUUGCAGCCGGACACAUUCACAGCUUUCUCAAUUCAUAAAGGAGUUGAAGAAGACUGUGUUUGCUACUGAGCUAAAGGUCGUCUGCUUGGGAUCUAGGAAGAACUUCUGCAUCAAUGAAGGGGUUUUGAAGCUUGGCAAUUCCAUUCACAUUAAUGAGAGGUGCUUGGAGCUUCAAAAGAGUAAGAAAAAGGACGUUUCCAAAAUGAAGAAUUUAGGUGCAGGAGGACGAAUACGCCGGACUAGGGCUUCUUCUGGUUGUCCGAUGCUUCGAAAAUUUAAACUUCAGAAACAGUUCAGGAGUGAGAUCUAUGAUGAGGGAGCCUUGGAUAUUGAAGACCUUGUUCACCUUGGAAGAAGGAUAGGAACUUGUCCUUAUUAUGGUUCCCGAAGUGUUGCCCCUGCAGCUGAUCUUGUAGUUCUUCCCUAUCAGUCUCUUCUUUCAAAAUCAUCACGUGAAUCACUUGGUUUAAAUCUAAAGAAUAAUGUCAUUAUUAUAGACGAGGCUCACAAUCUGGCUGACUCUCUUAUCAGCAUGCAUGAUUCAAAAAUUACUUUGUCACAGCUUGAGCAUGUCCAUUCCCAAUUACGGAUGUAUUUUGAACGAUUCCGGAAUGUCUUAGGACCUGGAAAUAGAAGAUACAUUCAAACACUUAUGGUCCUUACUAGGGCUUUUCUCCAAACUUUACGUCCCGAUGACAGUACUGGCUCCACUGAGCCUUGCUACGAUGCCGAAGGAGCUUCCAGAGCCAAAAGUGCUGAAAAUUGUUCUAUGGCCAUUAAUGAAUUCUUAUUCUCUCUCAACAUUGACAACAUAAACUUGGUUAAAUUGUUACGAUAUAUCAAGGAAAGCAAUAUCAUUUACAAGGUCAGUGGCUAUGGGGAUAAAGCAGCUAGUUUACACAAUGGCUCACCACUCACAAAUGGAGAUGGAAGCAGUGAAGGGCACAGCAGCCCAUCCAGUUUUCAGGCAUUAGUUGACAUAUUGGUAGCUUUGACAAAUAAAGAUGGUGAUGGUAGGAUAAUUAUUUCAAGAAGAUUAGCAUGCUCAGGGCAGGAGGGAGGAUUCCUUAAAUAUGUGAUGCUCUGUGGAGAAAAGAUCUUUUCUGAGAUUGCAGAUCAAGCACAUGCUGUAAUUUUGGCUGGUGGAACUUUACAACCUGUAGAGGAAACGAGGGAGCGACUCUUCCCUUCGCUAACACCAGAUCAGUUGCAUUUCUUUUCUUGUAGUCAUAUAGUUCCUCCAGAGAGAAUUUUGCCAGUUUCUGUUUCCCGGGGGCCUUCUGGUCAGUCUUUUGAUUUUAGCUACGGCUCCAGAAGCUUGCCAACCAUGAUAGAGGAGCUAGGGCUUCUACUUUGUAAUAUAGUGACAGUGGUUCCUGAAGGAAUUGUUGUGUUCUUCUCCUCGUUUGAUUAUGAAGGCCAAGUUUAUGAUGCUUGGAAGGCUUCAGGCAUCCUUGCAAGAAUUGCAAAGAAAAAGCUUGUUUUCAGAGAGCCUAGAAGAAGCACAGAUGUCGAAGUUGUCCUCAAGGAAUACAAAAAUACCAUUGAUGCAUCGUCUAACGUGAAUCUAGGAGGAGCCACACUACUCCACAAUGGUGCAGUUCUACUAGCUGUGGUUGGUGGGAAAGUUUCAGAAGGUAUCAAUUUCAGUGAUGGGAUGGGUCGAUGCAUAGUUAUGGUAGGGCUGCCAUACCCAACCCCUUCCGACAUUGAGUUGAUUGAGAGGGUGAAACAUAUUGAGAGUAUUGGAGACAAAACAAGUAAGAUCCAUGAAGUUUAUGAUUGUUACAAUGGUGAUAUUAAAGUUGGGUUUGACAUCCUAAGAAGUUGCACGCGCAGAGGAAAAGAGUAUUAUGAAAAUCUUGCCAUGAAAGCUGUAAAUCAAUCAAUUGGUAGAGCAAUCCGACAUAUAGAUGAUUAUGCAGCAAUCUUGUUGGUAGAUGCACGGUAUGCAGUUGAUUCCUCAAAAAGAAGUUUCUGCCACCCAACCGACAAGCUUCCUCAGUGGAUCAAAGGUCGUCUUAUUUCCAAGACAGAGAACUAUGGACAAGUCCAUAAGCUUCUGCAUCAGUUCUUCAAAUUCAACAAAGAGGGGCUCAGUAAAAAGUCCCACCAGAUAAGUUCCUUAAUAUGAAGAGAAAGAAUAAAAUUAACAGCCCUCUGAUGAAGUUUCCCCAACGAAAGAAAAAAUAAAAAGGGAAAAUAUGACUUGGUUCUUUUUCUUUUCUUUUUUUAUAAGUAAUAUUAUAUUUGUAUAUAUAUAUUUUUCCCAAACACAGAUAAUAGUGAGCCGAUGAGUUUACAGUGGCGAUGAAAAUAUGAAUUCAGAUCAAAAUAUGACAUUUCCUAUAAG